GUAUGGCUCCUUAAGAAGACUUGACAGAUUGGUAAAGCUGGUAUUAGUAGACUGCAAAAUGUGCGAAGACGCCCCUGCCCUUGGAAGGUUGCCUUCUCUUGAAUUUCUCGUGUUGGAUGGCCUAGAUAAGUUAACAUGCCUUGGACGUUCCUUCUAUGACAUGGACGAUCGCCGUGCAUCAAGAAACAACAGCAGCAGUGAAGUGUCAAACACAUUGUUUCCAGCUCUUAAAAGUCUCGUACUAUCAAAGAUGCCAAAUCUGAGAGAAUGGAUGGAUGCACAAGCUGAGUCAAGAAGAGAGAGUAAUGAAGAUGUUAAAGUGUUUCCCAUUCUUGAGGAUUUGACAAUUAAGAAGUGCUACCGCCUGGUCAACGCUCCAAGCAAUUUUCCAAGUCUGAAGAGUUUGAAAAUUCAGAAGAUUGACAAGCUUCAGCCAGUGAAAAAGAUUUGCAGCAAUGCAACCAACCUCUCAGCUGUCUGGAUCAAAGGGAUGGCAGAUCUCACUCAUGUUCAAGAUGUUUUGAAUGGCUUGAACCUUCAGGCACUGAUACUAGAAAAAUGCCCCGAAUUAGUUGACAUACAUGGCGGUCUCCAUCAAUUACAGAAUUUGGAUUCUUUGGUCAUCGGGGGUUGCCAUAAUUUGGAGACAAUUCCAAUUCCUAGUGGACAAAAAGGCCUGACCUCCCUCAAAGAUUUGAGAAUCGGUUAUUGCAACGGGUUAACUAGUCUACCAGUUGAAAUGCUGGAGGCUCGUUCAUCUCUAUUGUCUCUGACGGUGUGUAAGUGCCCCAACCUUGUCUCCUUUCCAAUUGAUUUGCGGCAAAUGCCGUCUCUUGUUUCAUUAGCAUUGUUCGGGUGUCCAAAGCUGACCACUAUUCCUAAAGGACUAGAUCAGGUUUCCAGCUUGAGUAUGUUGCAUGUUGGUCCCUUCUUAGAUUCCCACACGGAGAAUGAAUGGUUAUCAGCAUUGGCUUCCUCUUCUGUUCAGAGACUAUCAUUGGUUGGUCAGCCUCAAUCAGACUCUUUGCCCGUACAGCUUCAAUACCUUACUAGCCUGACAGCACUAGGUCUACAUGGUUUUGGAGUGGAAGUUUUACCAGACUGGUUGGCGAAUCUUGCAUCCCUUGAGGAACUACGGCUAGAUGGUUGUGAAAAGCUUCAGCAUUUACCUUCCACUGCUGCCAUGAGGCGCCUCACCAAAUUAAAAUUCCUGGGAAGUUUUGGUUGUUCUCUCCUAGAGAAAAAUUUCACUCCUGGCGCUACAUCCGAGUGGCCCAAGAUUUUUAAUAUUUCCCACAUUCAAUUUGAGGACAAACCUAUUGGGGCUUACUGAAAUUUCAUUCUGUCUGACAAAUUUGAACUGUAAGCAUUGCCAUGACUACUUGGAAAAUGUCAUGUCAACUAUUCCAAAGGGGUUGCAGUAAACCACUGCUCCCAUUUAUGGUUAAAAGGAAUACAUCUUCAGCAGCCACAAUUGCUUCUAUUUCAUUGUCUUUCGAAUAGGACUAUAUUUCAAUUGUACGAACCAAGCAGAGCAAAACAGCAAGCUCUGGUUAAUUGAGUGAGCACUGCAAAGUGACAUACAAGUGUGAAGACUCGUACUUUGUCUAGUCAGUGUAUUGUGCGGAUAAAAAUACU